CAAAAGACUGCGUCUUUCUUUCUUUCUUUCCUUUUCCUGUCUGCAAACCUAUGCUUUUUUUGAAACAUAAUUCGCUAGAUUCAAACGAUCUAAUAGAGAUUGAAAGGUAUUAUCUACGUUGGAUCGACUCUUCAUCGACAACAAUUGAGGUCAAUGUGCUUGACUGUAGUAGCACAGCUUUACAUGGCUAUCUGUUGGGUAUUCUUGACAAACUACAAGUUAUAGAUACCUUGCACCUUUCAGCUUCACAACUUCUUGAUUUUUUGAUUGACAUACAAAAGACUUAUAACGAUACGCCAUAUCAUUCUUUUUAUCAUGCUACUGAUAUUGUUGCUGUUCUUUAUUAUAUUCUUUGCGACUUGAAAGCCAAAAAAUACCUGACCAACUUGGAAAUUUCCAUUUUAUCAUUGGCUGCGAUCUGUCAUGACGCUGGACAUACUGGCUAUAAUAAUGAUUAUCACGUCAAGUUCAAUACAGAACACGCCAUUCGCUAUAACUCAAUUUCUGUUCUCGAAUCAUUAUCUGUUGAUAUUGCACUUGAAUUACUUCAAAAGCAUCAUAUUCUGGAAUCAGUUCAAGAUCAACGAGAGAAAUGUCUAGUAUGGCUUAAAAAGCUUAUUCUUUCAACAGAUAUGACAUUCCACUAUGAUUUACUUACAGAAGCAAGAGCAUUAGAAGACACAUUCUCGAGCAUUAAUUUAUGGGACGAGGAAUCGAUAGAAAGUGAUAUGGAAAGCUUGGUUGUAUCCGAAACCCAUUCGAUAGGAGCUGGACAGCCUUCUUCAUUCCAUCGUCAACCUUCUUUUUUAGGAACGCCCUUAAAAUCCACACUUAUCUUUGACCACAACGACGACUUAAACCUGUUGGAUGAAGAAAGCAGUGUCACUUUUUAUUCCCCAUUAGACGAGCCUGAACGAUUGUCGUUCAGUUGCAUCCUAUUGCAUGCUACCGAUAUCAGUAAUACUGUCCGUGCAUGGCCUAUCUCAAAGCAAUGGUCAGAUUUGAUUGUACAAGAAUUUUUCCGUCAGGGGGAUGCAGAAAAGGCAGCAGGUUUAGCGGUUUCUCCUGGAAUGGAUAGAAAUAUGGCCACUCAAGCAAGCAUAAGCUUAAAGUUUGGUGAUUUUGUUGUCAAACCUUAUUUUGAAGCUCUGACUGGCUUAUUGCCCAGCGCCCGCGUGUUUAUAGAUCAAUUGGAAGAGAAUCGUGAAGAAUGGACAAAGUUAAAACAGAGUCCCUAUGCUACUUCUAUCACAAACUAUUAUCUCUCCUCACGCCUUUCACUCAAGCCAACUCAUAUCGUCAAACAAAAUUCUUUGCCUGUUCCUGGAAAAGUCAAUGUACCUGCUGGUACUGUUGCUCUUCCUAUCGACUCGAAUAGCCAUCGCAAUACUAUCGCUUUCUCUUCUUCCUCCUCUUCGGUCGCUACUAAGAAUAGCACAAUGGCUAAACCGAUGCCGAUCUUACGUACCGCAAGUCAUUCUAAUAUAUUAUUAUCGACAUCGUCAGCAUCACCUGAGAGCUAUAAUUAUAGAAGAAAGAAAAAGAUCAAUUUGUAGCUGUUUGUGUACACAUACUUGUAUUAUAGUAUUUUUUAUAGAUUGUUUAUAGAUUUUUUUUUGUAAUAUAUUAUUCAUUUUAAGGAGCUUUUCUUUUUUGUCAAUUAGCUGAAAACUUGUUUGUUCUUUGUUGAUCGGAUGCCACGUUGUUUAUACAUCAAAUUAGUUGUCCUACGUUAUCAUGUGCGUUUCUUGAAACACAUAAACAAAAGCCUUUUUCCCUCUUGCUUUCUUCUUCUUUCUUUCUAUCUUUCUUCACCACAGUUAAAUCAUGUAUUAAAU